CCCCGAGCGGGAGCGCCGUCCGCCCGGGGCCACCUUAACCGUGGGCGAGCUGCGCCGCUGCUGGCCCGUGCCCGGGAGAGGCUCCUGUGGGAUCGCAGGGGCGUUUAUCUUGCCCGGGAUCAGCCAAUAUUUGUGGCCACGUCAGGAGAACGAGCCCUUCCUCGCUCUCUGCCCCUGCGAGGUCCAGCGCCGCUGUCUCGCUGCCGUGCUCUGCUCUCCCGGCCCCAGCGCUGCUGUCCCGGUUUGACUUCGGCUUACCGGACAGCUGGAGGGACGCUCUUUGCUGAGACCCCCAGGUCGUCACCUCCCAGAGAUGACAGCCACGGUGGCUUUCCUGCUGCUGAGCCUUCUGAGGAUGGCGGCUCCCAGGGGAGUGUGGUGCCCAGCCUGCGGGCUGGCGGCCCUGGCCCCCACCACGCAGCGGGACGUGCUCAUCGCGCUGGCGAAGCAGAGCAUCCUCUCCAAGCUCCGCUUGCCCGACAGGCCCAACAUCACUCAGCCCAUGCCAAGGGGAGCCUUGCUGACCGCUCUCCGCAGGAUGUACAUGCAGCGCACGGACACGGCCGUCUCCCCAGGGAUGCCCCGUGAUGGCAGCACCCCACACCUCCAUCCUGGGAUAGGUCUGCAGGAAUACGAGAUCCUGAGCUUUGCCGAAUCAGGGUCCUCCACCUCCCGCAGCAUUCGCCUGCAUUUCCGCUUCACCCAGGAGCUGGCUGGGAGCGCAGAGAUCCUGCAAGCCACUCUCUACCUGUUCUGGGCUGUCCCUGGCCCUGGGACACAUCCUGUCACUGUGAGACUCUUGCAGCCAGACCCAAUGGGGCUGAACAUGACUGUGGCCAGUGAGACACGGCUGGAGGUGCAGAGGGCCAGCUGGGCCACGCUGGAUGUGGGCGAAGCUGUCCAGAGCCUCUUUGGCCAAGGCAGCUCGAGGCUCACUGUGGAACUGGAGGUGGCAGACGACUGGGGGUCUCCCCUCCUGGCUGGCCACAGUGAUUCUCACUGGCCGUUUGUGGCAGCCCAGGCCCGGGCCAGGCUGCCCCACCAGAUCCAGCGGCGCAGCAUUGAUUGCAGUGGGGACUCUCGGAUGUGCUGCCGCCAGGAAUUCUUCGUGGACUUCAAGGAGAUAGGCUGGGAGGACUGGAUCAUCCAGCCAGAGGGAUAUCACAUGAACUACUGUGCGGGGCUCUGCCCCCUGCACAUGGCCGGCAUCCCAGGCCUUGCUGCCUCUUUCCACACGGCUGUCCUCAACCUCAUCAAAGCUAACAAUGCGGACGCAGCCAUGGACUCCUGCUGUGUGCCCACGCAGCGUCGCCCCCUCUCUCUGCUCUACUAUGACCGGGACAGCAACAUUGUCAAGACUGACAUCCCUGAUAUGAUUGUCGAUGCCUGUGGUUGUACCUGACCAGCUAACUGAGGAGUCAGGAGGGCAGGACCCAUGCUAUUCAGGGCUCCCCUCCUCCCCGUCCCUCUGGCAGUGUGAGACCUGGCGAGCUGCUGAGAGAUGUAGACCCUGCCAAGGUGUUUUCUCCUCCUGAGGCUGAAGCAUCAAUGGUGAUGCUGAAUCUGCAAGUCCUCUCCUUUCUCACCUCCUACAUGGCUCAUUUCCCCCUUCAGUUCUGCCCGUGGAUUCCUCUCUGCCCAUGAGCCACAGCCUCUGAGUCUGGCUCCUGAUGGACACCAGACCCUUCUACCUGCAGGACUCUGCAGAGCGCCACCCCCCAGGCAGCUCAGCUCAGCUCACCCUGCUGCUGGUCCCAUACCAAGGCCAUGGUGCAGUCCUGUGCUGCAACAUGAACAUGGGCUCUUCAGGUAAUGGGUCCCAGCAGCGGCCACUUCAGGGUGCUGGGGGAGACAGAAGCUGUAAAGAUGCUGGGGAAUGGCUAGGCCAGAGGGCAGAGGGCUGUCCACAGGACCCCACACCUCAGAUGGAUGUGAGAUUGAGGGGGGUGAAGAAGGGGAAAUUGAUCCCAGUGGGAGGAAAGUGUCUCCUCUCCAAGCAUCCCAGCUAUCUGGUAUUCGAUAAAAGAC